CCUCCUCCCAGCUGCGCUCGCCGCUGUCCCGUCUGUCUCCCCCGGUGUCUGCCCCGCUGCUCCGCUCCUCUCCCGCCCCGGACCCGAAGCCUCCUCGUUCACCACCCCCCGGCUCCCCGAACCCUCUCCUCCCCCCUUCCCGGUGCAUGCACCAGCGCCGCGACCAUGACGGGCAUCGCCGCCGCUUCUUUCUUCUCCAACUCCUGCAGGUUCGGGGGCUGCGGUCUCCAGUUCGAGUCUCUCGCCGAGCUCAUCGUCCACAUCGAGGAUAAUCACAUCGACACAGAUCCAAGAGUUCUGGAGAAGCAAGAGCAACAGCAGCCCACUUAUCUGGCCCUCAGCUACAUAAACAGGUACAACACACAUUCACACAAUGCAGCGCAGAGACAGAUAACAGUAGAGACACGGAGAAAGAAAAAGAGAAAUGUGAAUGGUAUCAAGUACCACGCCAAGAACGGCCAUCGCACGCAGAUCCGCGUGAGGAAACCCUUCAAGUGUCGCUGCGGCAAGAGCUACAAGACGUCACAGGGCCUGAGACACCACACCAUUAACUUCCACCCGCCUGUCUCCACCGAGAUCCUGCGCAAGAUUCAGGGCUAGAGCCGCUGACUCAACUACCCCAAACAUAGCCCUGUUCUAUCCUGACUCUCCUUACCCCAACCCUUUUACACCCAUCCCACACACUAAAGGAUCAAGUGCAUGCUUUAAGUUGUUCUUCUAUUCUUUUCUUAAACUUUUUGUUUGUUUGUUACACUAUUUUUUUCUAUCCAUGGUAUAUCACUUGUAUUUUUGAAAACAAAAAUGUAUCUUUGUAGUAUUUUUAUCGUUGUACAUUUGCACAUUCGUAUAUGCUAUCACGUUAUUCGUUUCUAUUGUUUGACUCACAUAAGGUGCUAACUGUAAAAAACAACAGAAAGAAAAGACAAAAAACAAACGAAAGAAGCAAGGGAGUUUAAAGGAGUCGCGAAACAGGAAGUGCAACCAAGCCCUGCCCCCUUUUGUUUUCCUGCUCGUUAGUGCGUGCGUGGGAGGGAGUUGAUUUUGGCACCGACCUCAGCUCAGGAGUCCAACACUCCCUGGCUGUGAGAAUUUGCUGAGCUUAGGUCUGCGCUCUCACUUGAACUUCACAGGGUUUUAAGUACCAGAGUGCAGUUAUACUUAAAAUAGAUAUAUUGAUAUAUAAACAAUAGCCAGAUAUGUACAUAAAAUAUAUAAAGGUAUUCAUGAGCAUAUACAUAGUUACACUUUAUUUUCAAGCUUUAUUUUAUAUAUUUCUGUCUGUUAGAUAGUGUUUUUUUCUACGUAAGCGUUCCUUUCAUUUCUUACUUGCUGAGUUCUGUCACAUCAGAGGAAAAGGCCACACAGCUGGCUGAUAAGUCGAGUUUUACGAGCGUAUAUAUCUACAUUUUUCAGCGUGACACUCUGAAUGCGAUAUUUUGCUGUUGAUCAGGAAGAGAACGUAUUCGAACCAGGGCCAGGGGCCAAAUAUUCCAAACCUUUAAACAUUUCACCUCCCCAACAGAAAGCCAUCCAUGUGUAUUUCAUAUCUUCAGUGUUUUCCUCACUCAGAGUGCCAGAGCCGAGACAGCAGGUUAAGCAUCAUACUGUAUGUAUUCCACUUUUGUCGUUGUCUCCUCUUUUUUUUUUUCUCCCCACAAGCGUUGCCAACAGCUCUCCACUGCCAAACAUUGACCAUACCAUGUGCCUGAAGAGGGGUGGGAGGGUAAGGGGUAGGGGGCAGGAAGGAUCUUAAAGUUUGAACCAGGAGGUCGCCGAAGCGCGGCGAUGGGUUUCCUUCCGUCGCGCCUCCAUGCAGAUGAUGGGAUGUACAUCGACGGAAUGUCUUAACGCAUGCUUUCUGUGUCGAAACGCAGAGACACUAUGUGUGAGAGAGGGUGGAUUUGUAUCUAAUGACCACCUACAACCUGUCAUUUGCAUGUGUGUGUGUGUGUGUUGUAGACAAUGGCAUUCCAGUUCAUUGUAUGAGUGCUUUGAGUUUGUGUUUUCAGAAGUCAUCAGCCUAUUGAGUAUUACUGUAAUCAGUGUGUUUCAGUGCCAGGCUGCUAGGUUGGACUCCUGUGGAGCAGGAUGGUUGUGUAGCCGGCUGCCUGCGUGCUGUUGCCUCAUGUCGUGUUGUUGCCCUGACGGGGAUUUCAUCAUUCAUUGCCUCUAGAAAAACAAGAGUGGUGCGGAGCCGCGUGCCAAGACACAUUCAUCUAUGACAUCAUUUCCCUCAUCAUGCACAAAAGUUUUGAGCCGAAAGCUCAAAAGGUUUUUCUCUUUCAUUCGAUGGGGUAAAGUGACCUCUGCCAUGCACACAUCCUCCUGUCCUCUGAACUGCUGUUGCCAUGGAAACCACUUGGUUAGCAUGUCAAUGAGACCUUUUUUGAACGCUUGUUUUUACACAAGGCAGAUAUCAGAAAAUGACGAUAAGAAAACAGUUGUCCCAUCAAUGAUCUGUUAUAGUAACCAUCAUGUACCUGCGCUGACAGGGCUUUUUAAGUGUAGAUUCUUACCAAACAAGCACAAACGUUGCCUGAAAGACAUGCACGUCUACUCUGCAGCACCAGUAAGCGGACCAAGAUCUGUAAAAACCUCAGUAUCAGUUUCAAAGUACAUCUCUGGACGCACUACCCUGAAAGUAACCCUGAGAUAAUGGUUUGCGUGCGAUAGAGAUGCUUCAUUCCUGCCUGUCCGCAAAGGGGGGGGGGGGCAUCUGUGGCCAAGAUGGAUGGCUACUUGUAAAAAAAAAAAAAAACAUUCCGUCUUCACGGACUCCGCCAUCACCAUGGCAACAGUUUGAUCUUCAAUUGCAGUAUUACACAUGUGGGAAAGGAGGAGCGGAGGCUGUGUGCAGAAGGAGGGGAUGAGGGAGGGAUUUCAAUAUACUGUGUAAAGUGAAUGUAAUGUAAUGUGUGUCUGUCGUCAAGUGCUUUUAAAUUAUAUUUUCGUAUGUAACGUGGAGACUGAUGUUUCCUUUUUGUACGGGGGGACGACAGGUCGUGACAUGAGUGACUUGUAAAUGAUGUCAAACUGUCUUUCUAUAUAAAAGAGAAGCUGCUUAAAUGUAAACAGAAAAUGAAUGAAAACAAAAAAAUCCAGCAAAAUAAAGUGAAAAUCUCUGUCAA